UGUUAACUAUAUGGUAAAACGUAGGUGGGACAUCUUGAGAGAGUGACCCCCGGGUAAAGAACGGGGUGUUUUUGUGUGUAUGUGUGUCUGCUGAGUUGGGCGUCAGUUGAGUGUAAGGAACCUCUGGGGAAGGUAACUCACCGCUCAGACGUUCUUCCAGAGGGAGAAUACUCCAAAGCGAUGUUUCUUUCAGACUCUGACAAUGAAUUGGGACCACUCUCCUCAGAGGUGGACUCUGAGAGCGAGUAUAGCGACUGCAGUCUCGACGAGGACUACAUUCCAAGUGGUAAUGCCCGGGGAUCAAAUAAGGAAGACAUCACUGACGAAUCCAGUUCGGAUGACGACUCGUAUGUAAGGCCAAAGAAGCGAAGGGCUUCAAAGAGGCGAUGCUCCUCUGUAUCAACAGUAUCAUCACCGCUGAAAUCUACAUCUAACAAAUGGGAGCAGAGUCCCCUUCGUAAGAGGCUCCGCUAUGCAUCUACGCCCAAAAAAGACUCCUCCUCCUCUGGCCCCAAGACUCGCAAGACACCUUCCACACCACAUAAGAAUACUCCAAAAAGAAAGCAGCAAGCAGAAAGUCAGCAAGUGGAAGCAAAUGAGGGUGAAACAGAUGAUGGAGACAAGUGGCGCAGUGUUGAAGAAGAAGACAUUGAGCCUCCUCAGCCGCGGUUCAGACCCGGGAGAUGUGCUGGGCCGCAGCUGAACAGAACAGCGCAUUACACACCACUUGAACUGUUCCAGUUGUUCUUUUCUGCCACCGUCAUUGAUACCUUGGUGAAAAACACAAACACCUAUGGAAAAAUCAAACACCAAGCCCAAAAGGAAAAGUGGGUUCCAGUCACAGCAGCAGACAUGUACUCCUUCAUCUGCCUUGUCCUCUACAUGGGUCUUGUACCGCUGAAAACUCUGAAGGAGUUCUGGAGAGGUUCUGAGCUCUUUCGCCUGCCAUUUCCUGCCUCUGUCAUGCCUUGCAGACGCUUCCUAGCCAUUUCCGGCAGUCUACACAUGAAUGACCCUGCUGUGGAAGCGGCCAAUGACCAGAAGAAGGGGACCCCCGGGUUUGACAAACUGUGCAAGAUAAAGCCACUAUAUGAGCAGAUUUUGGAGGCCUGCUGCACAUUCUUUCACCCCCACCAGCAUAUCUCUAUAGAUGAACGGAUGGUGGCGAGCAAAGCGAGGAUCGGGUUAAAGCAGUACAUCAGAAACAAGCCGACCAAAUGGGGCUUUAAGCUUUUUGUGCUGGCAGACUCAGUGUGCGGCUACACCAUUAACUUUUUUGUGUAUGGUGGAAGAGAGAGUGAACCAACUGGGAAGGGUGCAGGCUACGACGCUGUUAUGAGACUCCUGGACAUCCCAUUUCUCGGUAAAGGUUACAAGCUCUACGUGGAUAACUAUUACACUAGUCCUACUUUAUUCCUUGAUCUCCUCAAGAGAAAAAUCUGGGCGUGUGGCACAGUUCGUUCAAAUGCCAAUGGUUUUCCCAAAACCAAGCGGGAUAACGUGCCAGAAAAAACACCAAGGGGAACAAUUAAAUGGAUCAGAAAGGGCGAGUUGUUGUUUGUUAGGUGGUUUGACACCCGGGAGGUAACGAUGUGUUCCUCUAUACAUAAAGCGUACAACCACGAUGUAGCAAAACGCAAAGUAAAAAACUCAGAUGGACAGUGGACGGUGAACAACGUGCCUAUUCCGGGCUGCAUCAAAGAUUACAAUCGUUACAUGGGGGGUGUUGACUUGUCAGACGCGCUGAUCGGCUACUACAACGUCCUUCAUAAAACCCAAAAGUGGUACAAAACUCUAUUUUACCACUUUGUGGACAUAGCCACAGUGAACGCCUUCAUCCUUCACAAGGAAAUGUGCAAGCUGCAGAGCCGGCCUAUGCUCACGCAGAAAAGGUUCCGGGAGCAGCUCAUUUUGUCACUGGCUGAGAUCGGUUCUGGACCAAACCGCGCGCCUCCUCACAGUUACAUGUUGCCUCCCCCUCCUUUUAAACUGACUGUUAUUUCUCCAUGUAAAGUCCCCCCUGCUUCUCCAUCCCCAGUGCUUCCUGUCUCCCCAUCCAAAGUGGGCCAGUGCUCCUCAACCGAUGCGCCGCUUACCUCCUGCCCUCCUGCACCCUGCGUUAACUCAUCCCCUGGCUCAUCUGCUCCUCUGUCCGCCGACGCCCCACCUGCUAGAGCCAAAUAUUCUCUGGGGUUAGGUCAUCUGCCCGCGUACUUUGCUGCGAAAAUGAGCAACGUGGCUUCGAGGAAUCGAGCCACUACUGGCAGGAGAGUGUGUGUGGUCUGCAAAAAGAAGUCUCCAAUCUAUUGCAGCACCUGCCACAAAACACUGUGCCUCACUUCUUUAAGAAAUUGCUACUCCGAGUGGCACCGGAGUAAUAACAUCUGUGUGUGAGUGACUAGAAUUACUGUGAAAUACUCUGUCAACUGCAUAAAUAUGUGCCUUUAAUUGUCAAUAGUGAAAGAACUGGCAAUUUACAUUUAGUUCAGGGGGUCUCGAACUCCGGUCCUUGAGGGCUGGUGUCCUGAAACUUUCCCAUGUGUCCCUGUUGCAACACAACUGAAUACAAUUAGUAGGUCAUUAGCAAGACUGUAUAGAACUUUACUGCAUGCUGAGGUAGCAAUUCAGCCAUUUGAUUCAUGUUACAGCAGCUCAUGAGUGAAUGAACAUGGUGCAAUAAAAGUACUUUUAGAAGUACAUUUUUCCAAACACUUACAUUUACUUAAAUUUACUUGAGUAGGGUUAGGGGUUGCCACUUCAGCAUGUAGUCAAGUUCUGUACUCUUGCUAAUGACCUACUAAUUUUAUUCAGGUGUGUUUCAACAGGGACAGAUGGAAAAGUUUCAGGACACCGGCCCUCGAGGACUGGAGUUCGAGACCCCUGAUUUAGUUUCUAUGACAAACUACCUAGGUAGUCAGUUUUUUAUAUAAUUAAACAGAGUAUUUUACAGAUUUGCUAAAACGGUUUCUGAGUUGCAUAGGAUCAAACAGAAUAGCAUGUAGACUGAAAGAUAAACUUGAAAGCCUGUGGUUCUAUCUAGAAGAAGAUGUAGAUGUAGAUAAAGGUUAUUUUGAUGGGGAGUAUUAACCUCCCAAAUGAAGGUAUUGUCCUAAGUGCCACCUGCUAACGAGGCUUUAGCAGGUGGCACCUUUGCAGUCAACACCCAGAUACCUCAAUCUGUGGUUUACAGCAGCGGUCCCCAACACCUGGGCCACAGACCGGUACCGAACCAUGAGUCGUUUGGUACCAGGCCGCAAGAGUUGAGGCUCGGGUGUGAAAUUUAUGGUUUUUCAGAUUUUUAUCGGUUUUAUCGUUAACUCGGUUUCCCUGGGUUUUUUCCUGUGUUAUGGAUAAAUCUUGGUACUGGUACUGGUUUUAUUUGUUGUAUUUAUCCGCAACACAAAAUAUUGUCGGACAUAAACUGGUCAGUGGUGCAAAAAAGGUUGGGGACCGCUGGUUUACAGUUUAAAACACCUGUGUUUGCCUCAUGCUGGAACUUGUCACAGUACUACUGUGUUAACUUGAAUUAGAGCCCAUCAUCAACUUUGCUCCAGCCAAGCUGAGGAGGAGAUUUUGAACACUUCCACUCACCAGCUGUAGUAAGUUUUCUGCAGCACAGUGACACUGAGUAAAAAUGAACAUAGUACUCUUCAGGAGUAGGUGCUGGACAAUUUUAUUCACAAAUCUUAUCCCAAAAAUCACAUCUAUUCACACAAAUUACGGUCCACAGAACCUUUUGGACUGAAAAGCGGACUGCCAUCUGAACCAUUACGAGAGCCACCCAGACUUAGUUGGGGAUGAGUAGGUCUCAUUUCUGUCUAGCUCUACCUAAAAAAUGAAUACAGGUUCUCAUUUCAUUUUAAAAAAAAAUACAAGAUCUUUUCCUAAAAUCCCUGACACUUGAAAUGACUUUAUUACCAUCCCAGAUUUCAGGAAUGUCCUUUGUGUGAUUUACAGCAGAGGAAGCUCUACAUCAAAGGAGUAACGGGACUGACACUUGAAUAUAACAUAUGAUGCAGAAGAGUUUACUUAGUCUGCCAAUGAAUGUGUUCAAAUCAGUUUUGAUAUUUAGAAGAUAACUGAAAGUUCAAUUUGUUGUUUUUGGUGUUGUUGUUUGCAUGGUAGAUCCUUUUUUUGAACAUUUCAGUUAUUUUGGCUGGAUUCUGCUCCUUCAGCUUGAGCUCCAGCAUAACGUGGACCAACUUGAUACACCAGCAUAAACUGCAUGCAGGCAGCUAUAAGAAAUCCAUAUAGGGUAUUUUGAUAACAAAAUGCUUAUCAAAGAACUUAUCCUUUCCUUCACUAUGUACCAACUUGCAUUACUGCAAACUUUGUACAUUAACAGCACACUGAAGAUGCUCAUGGACUAGUUUCCUACUUGAUCUAGAAUUUACAAUUGUUUAUGCAUAUGUAAGAAGCUCUGUGUUUGCUGAAUUAUUGAAGCUUUAUGUGUCGCAAGAUGAAAAGAAGCGACCUUAGAGUCUCAUUUUAAUGUCCUUAUUUUUGGAAAAGAUAUCGCACGCUGUCAUCUGUGCCUUAUAUGAAGUCAUUUCCAGUGUUAGUAUCUAAACUGGUACAGACUACCCAAGUAGCUGUGAACGAGUACUUUAUGUAAUUUCCAUGUUGUUUAUCGUUAACUAGACCUGUUUUGUCUUUUAAGAGUGCACUCUAUUUGCAUGUGGGAUGUAGUAGGAAUUUAGAUGUGUUUUUCUACGUGUUUUUUUUUUUUUAAAUAAAACUGAGCAAUUAUUUCAAAUCUGUGGUUAUUGUU